AUGGCCCGGCCGAGCAUCAGCGACAUCACCGGUGACCACGAGAUCGCCCAAAUCGCCCGCGACACAUGGCUCACUGCCACGCCCGCCUCCGUUUUGCCAGCAACGGUCUCGAAGCUCUGGAAGCUGCUUGAGGACGACCACUUUUCAGACUUCUCCCUGCUACUACUGGAACAACUGCAGGCGCUGGAGCGAUAUCUUUGGCCUGGCUAUACACAGGAUGCGUCGAACCAGCACGUUUUACUACUGGCCUUGCUGGUCAAUGUCAAGAGACGAGAACGACUUCCAACAUGGCCAAUCUUUACCAGCACUCCAGACGAGUUCUCGGAUUUCUUCAGGAGGAUAGUGCACUUGAGCAUCGACCAGAGUCUCUUGACGAGUCUACGGACACAUCUGCUCGUCUUUAUAGUCGGCGCAUAUCAGAGUCUUGACCAUGGGAUCGUACGAAAAGAAUGCGCGCCUCUGGUUUCGAUCGGCAUAUGGCACAACAUCCAUACCGACGCUGUUAGGGAGAAGCAUUUAGCGAAGAGCACGCAAUUACAGAAAGCAUGGAGGGCGGCCGGAAAGAAGUUCGACAAUGCAGAUGCUGCUGGACAGGCAAGAUUACGGUUCGAGAGGAGUUGGUUGCAUACCCUCUUGUCGCAAUUCUUGGACAAGUUGUACGAGACAAGUACCAAGGCAGAUACAAAGUCCGAGAACAUGCUCUUCUGCGAGCGCUUUCUGGAAUUGCUGUCCGAUCUGCAGAGCCAGUUGCCAACAAGACGCUACGUCAACACCCUCCUGCAGGACAUGAAUACCCUGCCCGCCAUUGCCCUUUCGCCGAUGCAUCAAGACGAGCGAAGUAUACGGGAGAUGUACGGUCUGCUCUCACAUUACACUCUCUUCCCCUUGGACGAUCAGACUGGACGCCAACUGAGCAGACAAGAAUACGAAGAGACUCAGAACGCUGAUAUUGGAAAGCUUCAAAAAGUUGCCAUGAAGCUUCAAUCAGAAAAGCUCAAGAUUCUGUACCUUACCAACUUUGGUGCACUCUCUCAACGGCAAGAACUGGAAGGACACAUCGAAGGCUUGACUGACGCUGAGUUGCUUGAGCUGUGUCAGGAGCUAGGCUUAAGGACAUCCGAAUAUCCUGAAAAGACUCUUCUCGUGCGGGACCGUGCGUUUUUGACCGAGUGCCUAGUGUCUACCGUGGAAAGGAAGACGUACUAUACUGAACAGCUGAGACCGCUACGAGUACUCCCUACCGAGGAAGUUCUCUACGAUCAAUCGAUGCUAGCGACGGACGAGCAAGACCAGUCCCGGCCACUUGCGAUUCCCAAGCUGAACCUUCAGUAUCUUACCGUUGGUGACUUCCUAUGGCGAUCAUUCGUGUUGUACCGACAUGAAGCGUUCUACGAGAUCAGAAAACACCUCGAGGAUACUAUCAAGCGCUUGCAACCCAGGCGCGGUGGUGGCAUCACCAGGUUUGAUGGCUUCUCACGAAUGGCCAUUCCUAUUGCCAAGCCUGCCAUCAUCGAAACCCAGCCACCGCGUGUUGGUGAGACUGCUCCAGCUGAAGUCAAGGUCGAGAUCAUCCUGGAUGUCAGCCGUCUGCAACCAGGCUUGAGGAGGGAAUGGGAGAGUCUACGGCAAGACGACACCGUCUUCCUUCUGGCUUUGCAUCCUGAAGAUACGGCAAUGAAGCUCACCAACGGCAAUGGCUAUCACUCCCCUGCAGAAAAACUUGGUCUGAAAGCAGUACGAACCGCUGAUGUUAUCAGCGUUCUUGACGAGAACGGCAGAGUCCUGAGACAUAAUCACGAGGUGCAAGAUCACAUCGAUGGCAUGGCCCGACCGAAGCAAAGACGCCUGUUACUGAGACUAGAUGCUGCGGCAUACCAAGCCGAUAAGGAGCGUGCAGAUGCCAACAAGGGUGACAUAUACGACAGCAUCAACCUUGUUGUGCGGAGACGUUCGCGUGAGAACAACUUCCGACCCGUUUUGGAGAGCAUCAAGCAGCUGGCCCUUUCAGACACUCCAAUACCUGCAUGGCUGCAAGAGGUAUUCCUCGGUUUUGGUGAUCCAUCAUCAGCCUCAUACAAACGUUUGUCGAACAAGCUGAAGAGCGUUGACUAUCGCGACACGUUCUUGGACUGGCAGCAUCUGAUAGAAGCAUUACCUGGCAAGACCCUCGAACCCGACCCGAAGUUCGACUCCAUCUUCCCGCCGCCAUAUGUGCUAGAGGCGACAAGCUCACAACCCGCGCCUCCACCACCAAAGAGCGGCAAAAAACGGAGAAGAGACCAGCCUGAUGGCCCUGAUCCUGUCCCUACAGCGGAGACGUUCCGAGUGUCGACGUAUAAUCCACCAAACAUGGGUCCUUAUCCGACCGAUGCUCCAAAGCUCAAUGGCGUUCGCUUCACACCAACACAGGUUGAGGCAGUAACAUCUGGUACACAGCCAGGUUUGACCCUAAUCGUUGGGCCACCUGGAACCGGCAAGACAGAUGUCGCUACCCAGAUCAUCAACAAUGUUUACCACGACUUCCCACAGCAGCGGACGCUAUUGAUCGCUCACUCGAAUCAAGCACUCAAUCAGCUCUUCCAAAAGAUUGUCGCCCUCGACAUCGACGAGAGACAUCUCUUACGACUUGGUCAUGGAGAGGAAGAGUUGACUACAGAGGCGAGCUUCAGCAAAGCUGGCCGUGUCGAGUCAUUCCUCGAGCGAGGAGGUUACUAUCUGGUUGAAGUGCAGAGGCUCGCAGGCAGUAUCGGCGCUCCUGGUGCGCACGGCAGCAGUUGCGAGACGGCAGAGUACUUUGACCAAGUUUACGUCCAGCCCAGAUGGAUGCGCUUCUGGGAGACGGCAAAAUCGGAAGAGAUUAGUCUGGAUGAUCUUGUCACAGCCUUCCCAUUCCAUGCAUUCUUCGCCAACACACCAGGACCGCUCUUCCCCGAGAACGCCUCAAAAGAGCAGAUCAUCGACGUCGUUCAAGGAUGUGAACGGCACAUGCGGCGAAUCUUCGAUGAGCUUGCGGAUAUUCGACCAUUUGAAAUUCUUCGUGCUCAGAAGGACAAGUCAAACUACCUACUCGUCAAGGAAGCUCGUAUCAUCGCCAUGACGUCGACUCACGCAGCCAUCCGAAGACAAGAGAUCGCAGCGCUUGGGUUUCACUACGACAACGUCGUGAUGGAAGAAGCGGCACAGAUCACAGAAGUGGAGAACUUCAUUCCCUUCGUGCUCCAGAAGCCGAGAGUAGAAGACGGCAAAGCGCCUGAGAAUCCUCUUCAACGGAUCGUCCUCGUGGGAGACCACUUGCAGAACUCACCCGUCAUUCAAAACAACGCCCUCAAGACCUACGCAAAUCUCGAACAAUCCCUCUUUCAACGCCUCAUCCGCCUGGGUGUUCCUCACAUCCUCCUCGACGCUCAAGGCCGAAGCCGACCAAGUCUGGCAAAUCUCUACAAAUGGCGCUAUCCCACUCUGCAAAACCUACCCAUCACUACGACAUCACCAGAAUUCGUCGCCGCCAACGCCGGCUUCCGCUACGACUAUCAGUUCGUCGAAGUGCCAGACUACAAAGGCCAAGGCGAAAGCGAGCCCAGUCCGCACUUCCUGCAGAAUCUCGGCGAGGCAGAGUACGCCGUGGCGCUAUAUCAGUACAUGCGUUUGCUAGGCUACCCAGCUGAGAGGAUCACUAUACUGACAGCGUACGCCGGUCAGAGGGCACUGAUCAAAGACGUGCUGAAUCACAGGUGCAAGAACAAUCGUCUGUUUGGUCUACCCGGCUGGGUGGGAACGAUCGACAAGUACCAAGGAGAACAAAACGACUAUGUCAUCCUCUCCCUCGUCAGGACAAAAUCCCCAGGCUACCUUCGCGACCUCCGUCGAUUGACUGUCGCCCUCAGCCGCGCGCGUCUCGGACUCUACGUCCUCGGCCGAAAGGAAGUCUUCGAGUCCUCGCUGGAAUUGCGAGAGGCGUUUGCUCCUCUCUUCGAACGCGGAACGAAGCUCGAAGUCGUCAUGAACGAGAUGUAUCCUACAGAGCGAACGAUCGACGAGGAGGUCAAGAAGAAGGACAUCGCGCAGAUGGAUGGCGUGGAGCAUCUUGGGCAGUAUGUUUUUGAAAUGACGAAAGCCAAAGUCGAGGCUCUGAAGCAGAGUGGUGGUUUUCUGCCUCCAGCGGCGCAGAGUUCGAAGGGACGAAUGGAGGAAGACGAGGAGGGUGAGGAUGAUGAGGAUGGGGCCGAGGUGGUGGGUGGAGAAAUCGAUGGGGAAGACGAGAUGGAGGAUGAAGUGUAG